CCGAACAAACAAACUCCAAUCUUCCAAACACACCCUGAUCACUUCAUACAGACGAACACCAUGAACAACAGCAGCAAACUGAACUCUGUCUUCUACGCACACUCCUACCACCCUAUCCAAGCCGGUAGUAUCGACGGCACCGACAUUCUUCCUCACGAUAACGCCGUUUACAGAGCUCUCUUAUGUUCUUCCGCUGGCCUCUACGAUCCGUUUGGCGAUCCGAAUGUCAUCGGAGAAGAUCCUUAUUGCACUCUUUUCGUCGGUCGUCUCUCUCGUUUGACCACUGAAGAUACUCUUCGAAAGGCUAUGAGCAAGUAUGGAGCAGUGAAGAACAUGCGAUUGGUCCGCCAUAUCGUUACUGGUGCCUCUCAAGGUUAUGCUUUUGUUGAGUAUGAAAGUGAAAGAGAGAUGCAACGAGCGUAUGAGAAAGCGCACCAUUCAGUUAUUGAUGAUUCUGAAAUUAUAGUUGAUUACAACCGGCAGCAACUGAUGCCAGGAUGGAUUCCAAGAAGAUUAGGAGGAGGUCUCGGCGGUAAAAAAGAAUCAGGGCAGCUUCGUUUUGGAGGACGAGAAAGACCGUUCCGUGCCCCAUUGCGUCCAAUUCCAUUGGAUGAUUUGAAACGGCUCGGGAUCCCGCCUCCCCCUGAAGGAAACUACAUGUCUCGAUUUGAGAUUCCAUCCCCACCUAGAAGAAAAAGAAGUCAUUCAGACAGAGAAGACAAGCAUAGCAGAAGCCGUAGAAGAUCAAGCAGCCGGGAUCACUCGUACAACGAAAGGCGGUCUGUAGACGCUGAAGGUCGGUCCCGGAAGAGGGAUCCCUCGUAUGACGAAAGGCAAUCUGCAGAUGCUGACGGCGGGUCCCGGAAGAGCCACAGGCAUGAUAGAAGUUAUCAUUAUGAUGAACACGAAAGACGGUCUAAUAGCCGUGACCGUCGGUACGAUGAAAGGGAAGACAACUCAAGGAAGAGUAGAGAUUCGCGUAGACAUGACAGAACAUCGUCGAGUCAUGAUGAUCAUCUUCGAUCUGAUUCAAGGCGUUCUGGUGACAGGGAACAACGAUCUCACAAACGACAUAGAUAAUAACACGUACAUGUGUGAACUUAUUAAUUUAUUAACUUUACAAGAUACAAGAUGAAAUUAUGUACAACAUCCAUAAACUCCUGCAGACUUUGUUACUUGUUCUGAUUAUAAUAUAAACUUAAAACCCUAAAGUUUGUCUUUUUAAUAUCAAAA